GAGCGUGUUGUGAUGUCAUUGAUGUGCUGAGAAGCAACAUGGCGGCAGACUACUGGGAGCGACAAGAAUCCUUCACACUAACACGCUGAACAGAGCCAAAGAUAAGCCAGGUGACACCCGGGCGACGCCUCUCGGUUUGCGUUCCACACUGGCUGCCCCGCCCCCCUCAGCUUCACGCCCCCCCCUCAUGGAGAGGAUGAGGAAGAUCAAGCGUCAACUCUCUCUCACCCUGGGGAGGGGAGGGGCUGGGGGAGGAGAUAGGACGCUGAGUGACCACCAGGAAAUGACAUCACACAGCGACUCAGAGGCAGGCAGCCACCGACCUUCAUCAGGGGGAGUGAAAAUUCGAGGAUCAUCUUCAUCGGUUCAGUCUCUUCUCCAGUCGUACAGUCGCAGACCUCGUGGUCUGGGACGCAGUCUGAGCUCAUACUUGAACCACAGCAGCAGACUUGAGAUCGUCCAUGAGGACGUCAAGAUGAGCUCUGACGGCGAAAACGAACCCACGUCUUCCUCGGACGACGUCCAAAGUCCAGUUCGAGUUAGACUGAGGACCAAGAAGAUCUCCACUGAGGACAUCAACAAACGUUUGUCCUUGCCGGCGGACAUUCGUCUUCCAGACGGUUACCUGGAGAAGUGCAAUGUGAUUGGUCCAGCUCUGUUUGAACAGCCAAUUAGCAGGCGGCUGCGUAGAGUCUCUUUGUCAGAGAUCGGCUUUGGCAAACUUGAGACGUAUGUUAAACUGGACAAACUGGGAGAGGGUACCUAUGCGACAGUGUACAAAGGUCGCAGUAAGCUGACAGACAACUUGGUGGCUUUGAAGGAAAUUCGUCUGGAGCAUGAAGAAGGAGCUCCAUGUACAGCAAUCAGAGAAGUGUCUCUGCUGAAGGACCUGAAACAUGCCAACAUAGUGACGCUUCAUGACAUCAUCCACACACAGAAGUCCCUCACACUGGUCUUUGAGUACCUGGACAAAGAUUUGAAACAGUACCUGGACGACUGUGGCAACGUCAUACAUGUGCACAAUGUCAAACUUUUCCUCUUCCAGUUACUGCGAGGUUUGUCAUACUGUCAUCGCAGGAAAGUUCUCCAUCGAGACCUCAAGCCCCAAAACCUGCUCAUCAACGAGCGAGGAGAACUUAAACUUGCCGACUUUGGUCUGGCCCGGGCCAAGUCGAUUCCGACCAAGACGUACUCUAACGAGGUGGUGACCCUUUGGUACCGCCCACCAGACAUUCUGCUUGGCAGCACUGAUUACUCCACACACAUUGACAUGUGGGGUGUGGGCUGUAUCUUGUAUGAGAUGACAACUGGUCGGCCAUUGUUUCCUGGUUCCACGGUGGAGGAGGAGCUUCACUUCAUUUUUAAGUUGUUGGGAACGCCAACUGAAGAGAGCUGGCCUGGAAUCAAUUCCAACGAGGAAUUUGUGGCAGCAAACUAUCCUCAAUACCCCCCCGAGAACCUGAGUGAUCACACACCCAGGCUCAGUAGUGACGGCGUCCAGCUGUUGUCAAAGUUCCUGCAGUUUGUAGGAAAGAAAAGAACUUCAGCCGACGAGGCCAUGAGUCAUUGUUACUUCAGAAAACUCGGAAGCAGAGUUUGCACGCUUCCUGACACCACAUCCAUCUUCACUUUGCCCGAAAUUCAACUGGAACCAGAAAAAUUGAGAUCAGCUGAUCAAGUAAACAGUCUGAGCAGGAGGCGGAGUCUCCUCUUCUGACAUCGCUGUCAAGUGUCCAGGUGGCAAAUGUUUGCAUGCACAGUGACCAAUCAGAGGACAGGACAUUGUUUCCGUGGCAACAGGUCUUCCAUUUUUAUGAUCUGCUCUGAGGUCAUUUUAGUGUUGGUGUCAUUGAUCAUCAUUGUGCUAAAGGGAACGGUUCCCCCAUGAACUGAAAGAGUUCUCCUGGAAGCAAUGUUUGUGCGUGUGACUGUAGAGCAACAUUCAUGUGUAUUACUGUAAAUAAUCACAAUACACAUGUCCAGUUCAUUAGGGACGGCUUUCUGUCGUCACAGGAACUAUCAAGUCAUAAAGCCUUCCCAAAGGUUGGCAGGGCAGUCCUUAAUAAACUGGCAAAAAGGCAUCUGAUGAGCGAUCACACACCAUCAAGUCAACUCCGUCUCUUAAUCGGUCCAAUCAGCUUGCAGAAUGUCUGACACUCAUGCAUCAGAUGGUGGUGUUUAUUGUUUGUACUUUCAAGUGAUUAUUUAUAUGAUUUUAAAGCUUCAGGAAGUCACUCAUGUUUUAUCGGUGCUGAAGUCAUUUCAAACUGAAGAAGAAAAAUAGUCGAUUUUAUUGUUAGUGAUGUAAUGUGGGAGAGCCAACUUCAUCAUGUGACUGUUGAAUGUAGUGACAUUGGCUGAGUUUACAUUUUUAUUUGCUGUGGAUAAAAGCGGAGAAAACAGAAUUUGUACGUGGCAACUGUGACGAUUUACGUUGAACUUUUAUUUGAUCAGCACAAGAAGGGAAACUUUUUAUUUUGAAAUAUGUCUAAUGUGAUGCUGUUUUGUUCCUCAACUGAACUCAGAUUCUGUUUUCUCUGCUGCUUCUGUAAAUGACACCAAAGCUCUCUGCAAUAUAGCGCAAUGCAUGAUGGGAUUCUUCAAUAUUCUUCCAGCGUCUUCUCGUGUAGUACUCGCAAUAUAUUUACACCACCAAAUAUUAAAAGUUUGUAUUUAUUCUCAA